AUGGCCGAGAGGAGGAAACUUGCCUCGCCACCUGCAACAUUGAAGUCGCCCGUUUGGCGACAAUUUGGAUUUCCGUACGAAACGGUUGACGGGAAAGAAGCAGUAAACAGACACGUUGCAGUUUGUAGGCUCUGUGAUUACAUGACAAAGUACACGGGAGCCACAACAAACAUGAAUACCCAUCUGAAACGGCAUCAUCCUGAUGUAAUCUUGCCGGAGACCGGCAGUUCAGCUAAACGAAAAACUGACGACGCAUCGGGUUUAACACGGAAAUCGCAACAACUUAAGAUAAGUGAUGUUUUAUCAAAGCCAUUACGAUUCAAUAGUGACAGAGCAGCAGCAACUACGAAGUCAAUCGGGAAAUUCAUUGCCGUUGAUAUGAGGCCAUAUUCGAUUGUAGAAAAUGUAGGUUUCCAAGCGAUGGUUAACACUCUGGAACCAAAGUAUAAGAUUCCGUCCAGACCACAUUUCAGUGAAAAACUCAUUCCUCAGUUGUAUGAGGAAACAAAAUUGGAUGUACUGAAUGAACUUGCAAAUACUAGUUACGUAGCUAUAACAACUGAUGGGUGGACGUCACGGGCAGUGGAGAGUUACAUAACAAUAACGGCUCAUUACCUAAAUAAAAACUGGAUGCUCUGUAGUCGUGUUCUACAAACAAGGAUAAUACAUGAGUCACCUACAGCUGUCAAUGUAGGCGCAGUUCUCUCUGGUGCUAUUGUUGAGUGGGGUUUGACAAGAUUAAAUGGACAGGUACCUGUUGUUACUGACAAUGCAAGCAACAUGGAUGGAGCUGUUAAAGCUGCUGGACUAGGCCCCAACAUCAAAUGUUUUGCCCACACAGUUAACCUUGCUACACAAAGAGGCUUGGGUGUAGCAUCAAUGAAGACUCUUUUAAGUAGGGUGAAAAGGAUUGUUGCAUUCUUUCAUCGAAGUUCAGUGGCUAACAGUUUGCUAAAAACCAAACAAGAUCUCUUGAAACUUCCACAUCACAAACUUAUUAUUGAUGUUGCUACGUGCUGGAACAGUAGCUAUGACAUGAUGGUUAGAUAUCUGGAACAACAGCCUGCUAUAACUGCUACUUUAAUGAGUGGGGAUGUAAGGAAAAAUAUCAAGGAUCUUGACACACUAAGAGAAGAGGACAUUACAAAUCUUGAGGAUGCUGUUUCUAUUCUGAAAGACAUGAAAGACAUUACAACAGUGCUAUGUGAUGAAAAACAGCCAACAGUCUCCCUGAUUUAUCCCAUGAAGUACAAGAUUUUGAAAUCCAUGGAAUUGGUUGGCACAGAAUCUUCUCUUAUCCGACAGUUGAAAGUGGCUAUAAAACAAGACAUGAUGUCCAGGUAUAAGGAUCCUGAAAUUGAACAGUUUCUGGUCAUUAGUUCAGCAGUCGACCCUAGGUUCAAAUCACUCCCUCAGCUGGAUGACAUUCACAGACAGGAACUACAUGAUGUGAUCAUUCAGAAGGUGUUAACUCAGGGUCAUGUCCAGCAACAUAUCAAAACUGAGCCAGUUGAUGAUGACCCAGAACCUGGUCCAAGUCUUGAGACACAGCCCCAACUGCCAACUCUAGAUCAGCUGCCACCUACACCUGAGACUACAAGUACUUCACAGUCAUCUUCAUCCAAGGAGUCUGGACAGUCUGGAACAGGUUCAACAAUCAAAAACUUGUUAGGUGAUGUUUUUAUUACUGGAACUGAACCAGCAAAUAAAACCCCUUUAGAUAUUGCCAAUGCUGAAGUGCGGGGUUAUUUCAGUGAACCCACUCCUCCACUUGACUGCAAUCCCUUGAAAUGGUGGUGUGAAAAUGGUUAUAGAUACCCUAUGCUGUCCAAUAUUGUUCAGUAUUAUCUGACAGUCCCUGGAACUAGUGUUCCAAGUGAACGUGUUCUCCACAGCUGGAGACAUAGUGACCAGUCAACGCAGCUGCCUUGCUCCUGA